UAUUAUAAAUAAAAGUCAAUACUACAGUCUACCAUCACACCCCGUAUAUCUCGUACCCCCUAGGCCGCGUCUUCCGUCCUUGGCCUUGGAUUCCUCUCUACCAAUGCUGAUGCGGCAGCUGAUAUUACAAACGUGUUAUAAAUGAAAAGCACUACCGGUCCUCGCUCUCGAUAUUAUUACCUACUAAAUCCUUCCAGGCUGCCGGGUACUUGUUCCCACUCCGUCGCUUAUUACCUCGACGCCCUUUCUCGAACGCGAGGGUUGCGGGUUGAGGUGCAUUACAGCUUGCAUACCGUUGCACUGGAUAAAUUCGCGGAUAAAGUCGACGUAGUUCUUCCUCGUUCUGGCUCGCGACUCAACCCCCAUACCACCCGCUCACGCGCCUUUCCUAUCGAUUCUCAGACCUGCCUUCCCCCGGCGUCCUGGCCGCGGCAUCGUCGGUUUAUUUAAAAUUAGAUUCUCGGCACCAGUUCAGCUUACAAUACUAUAUCUCAUGACCCGCGUGAGAUAGAUUGAGGGUUCGGUACCCCAGGUGCUUGGUCAUCUCUUCCAGAUAGAUUAGUAGAUAUUAUAUUAACUAUGGGGAAGCAUAUCCGCUA